CUCCAAUUAACAUACAACAAGAACUAUGCUGAGUGAGGUGCAACGACUGGCAGAACUAGGCCAGGAGGGGCACCAGCGCGAACACGAAGUGGAGCGUCUGGUACCUCAACUGCCCCAAAGAACCGAACUGCCCCAACUGCUGCUGCUGCUGCUGCUGCUUCUGCUGCAGUUAGACCAUUCACACCCACAUCAAUCAGUGCGACAUCCUUUACCUAAAGCUGAAACCACAAAUAGUCCACAAAUUAUACCGGAAGUAAUCGAAAUCUCAUCUGGUGGCGAAGAAGAAGACGAUAUCGUGGAGGUACCCGAUGAAGCGGACAUUGUGGAAGUUGCGGAAGAGGAUGACGAAGACCAGGACAUAGAGGAGGUAAUACAACCAUUUGACGGGGAAGUCAUAACAACCAGAGAUAAUAGAAACAGUCCUCGUCGACGUCGACGAGUGAAUUCCACUUCACCCACGAGGAAUGUCAGACAACGACGUAAUUCUGAAGAUGUGGAGAUUUUGGACGAAAGACCAGCCACUAGAUCAUUAACGCCAAUGGAGAAUCCAUACCAAUAUCUUCUGGAGAAUGAUUAUUUUCGAUAUCAAAUGUUAUUACGACAAAGACCGACUGAGACAGGCCGUGGGAGAGUCACUAGAGGUGGCCCUCAGAAUCAUAGUAGCCAAGAUUUAACGUACGAAGAAUUCAACCGGUUAUUUGAAGCGGAAGAUGAACGAGAUCUGUUGACUGGCCGAACCCGAAGAGCUGCCGCUUGGUGGGGCCCGGGAGGAAGAUUACCACUUCCCUUUGCAUUGGUGGGGGUAAAUGAAUUGAUGAAUGCCGUUUCUGGAGGUGGAGGAGGACCAGUACUGGACUCUGGAUCAAAUGAAAUCGAAGCAUCUAUUCUCAAUCGGAUUGAAAGAGAAAAUGAAAGAGAAGUAGAUCGUAGACUUCAAUCUGAGAACAUAUACAAUAAGAAGGCAUUGGCGGACAAGGUUUCUGUUACGCAAAAAGAGCAUAAAGGUUAUACCAAUGAUAUAUCUGAACUGAGAGACCUUUGCUGUGAGCUUUGUGCCACUAGUCUUGGUGAAGGGAUACCAGAAGGAUUUAUCCCAAAUGCUAAAUAUGAUGAUCGAAUUGAGAAAUAUCAACAAAUGUAUGGAGUUCCAGCACCAUGGUUCUGUGUUAAAUUAAUAACUGAAGUUGAUCGAGAUUUAUCUAAGCGAGUUUUCGCAGCUAAAUGUGGACAUGUAUAUUGUGGGAGAUGUGUUAAGAACAUAGGUAGUAGAAUACCCAUACGACGGAAACGAAGGAAACAAGCAGAUCCAAUCUCUAUUGAGAACCCAGUAAUAUUUUCUCCUAGAGGGUGUGUUGCAGAUAGUUGUGGGUCUAAUUUCAGGGGUAAAACUCCAUUUACAGAAGUUUUCUUUUAGGGAUAGGUAAUGAGACAAUAAAGUGCAGAACAAAUGCACUCAUGAAUGAUAAUUAUACGUAGAGAAAUUAAGACUAUAUUAACCUAAUUUUUUUUUUCUUUUCUUUAUUUAUCAUCAUGUACGUACGUAUAUACUUAUAAAACAUCU